UCACCAAUUUCUGGUUUUGCUGUACUUAUAAAAUUGCCACUUAACAAAUUUAAAGUCAAAAUUGUUCGUCUUCGGCAUGUCAUAUAUGAACCCCCCCUUUUAUUUUCCGUUUGGUACAGUCCAGAAGAGCCCCUUUAACAGAAGGCCAGUGUAUUGAGAAGGCGUGUUGUUCCUUAAUCUUUGGUUUAUACGGUGUUUAUAACGUCAAGGGCCAAGAGUCACAUCAGACCAAAACCGACCAAUAGGCAAUCUUCUUGUCAUCCAAGUGUUCAAUGCCUAACACUGCAGAAAGUGAAGGCGGUAACAUAUCUGGUGCCAAGGACCCGGCACCUCCAUCACAGUUGCCGGGCCAAGACAAUGAACGCGGCUUCCUGAACCCAUUCAACCGUGAUACACUUCGCACCAGACGGGCCUCCAGCGCCGAGCUCCAGCUCCCAUGGACAUGCCCUGUCACACAUUCUCGGGAGAAAUUCUACACAGUGUGCUCUGAUUAUGCACUGCUCAAUCAAGCCCAUCCAAUCCUCACUCCCAGAGAUGUUCCCCAGUCCAGCCAUGACAGCAGCGCACCACUGAGUCAAUCAAACACCAUCACUAUCUCCCAGGGUCAGGCUGCAGAAUUCCAUACACCUUCAGGUGAUGUCUGUGAUUUAGAAGAGACUUUGUCCGGUAACUCCAAGCCCAUUUUAGCCUGGGAGAUCGACACCACAGACUUUGAUGCCAUUUUAACCCGGAAAGCCAGGACAGGAAAUAUAAAGAAAUUUGGCUUAAAGAAAAUGAAGUCAUCUGACCGGUCGAGCAGAAAUGUGUUGGAUCUUCCACCACAAGCUUCUCUGGAAGAAAUCAAGCAGAGGAAAGUCCUGGACUUGCGCAGAUGGUACUGCAUCAGCCGCCCUCAGUAUAAAACCUCAUGUGGCAUUUCCUCCCUCGUUUCUUGCUGGAACUUUCUGUACAGUACCCUCGGAGCUGGAAGCCUUCCACCCAUUUCCCAGGAGGAGGCCUUAUAUAUUCUCGGUUUCCAGCCUCCAUUUGAAGAUAUCAGGUUUGGACCUUUUACUGGGAAUGCCACUUUAAUGAGAUGGUUCAGACAGAUCAAUGACCAUUUCCGUGUUCGAGGAUGCUCUUAUAUUCUAUAUAAACCUCAUGGGAAGCACAAGACAGCAGGAGAGACGGCUGAUGGAGCUUUGCUUAAGCUGACCCAAGGAUUACGAGAUGAAUCUAUGGCCUAUAUUUACCACUGUCAGAACCACUACUUCUGCCCUGUGGGCUUUGAAGCUACCCCAUUAAAAGCUGCCAAAGCUUACAGGGGACCACUUGCUCUGAAUGAAAUGGAACAUUGGAUUCUUAUUGGGGAACCAAGCAGGAAACAUCCAGCCAUCCACUGUAAAAAGUGGGCAGAUAUUGUGACUGAUCUGAACACACAGAACCCUGAAUACUUGGACAUUCGCCAUACAGAAAGAGGCAUUCAGUUUCGGAAAACCAAAAAGGUUGGAGGUAACCUACACUGUCUCAUGGCAUUCCAACGGGUUUACUGGCAAAAAAUCGGACCUUGGGCACUAAACCUGGAGAACCUGAGGCACGAUAACUACCAACAGGGAGCUCAGAUCAGCGGUGAUCAGCGGUGCCAGACUUCAGCAGGGGAGGCUGUAGAUGAUGGUGAAACCAAACGUGGGCACCUGGGCCGCUCUCACAGCACAGGGAAUCAAAAAUCGGAUCAAGCCUGGAAACGGAUCUCUAACACCACAGAGUACAGCAACCGAGGCUGCCCUGACAGCGACCUGGAUGAGGACAUCGCUGACUGAAAAUGAAGUGGUUUUGUCUCCAUUGGGAUUUCUACACACUUGUUCACGCCAGUCAACGAUUGCGGUAGAUCGGAACUGGGAGGGAGGAAGCAGGCGAAUUUUCUUUUUCUUAUGAUCAAUGCGGAGACUUCUCUAGAAACCGGAUUGUAAAAACGGCAGGUCAAUCAAAAAACGUGCAGCUGUCUAUAAACCUAAAUGUGCGGUGAGUACUUUAUGUGCGUUAGUGUCAUUCCAGUCAUGUGCUGUGAAUGUGUGUGAUGGACUGGUCCUUCAAAGAAAGACUUGUUCAUAAACACCCGAAGCACAGAAUGGGCUAAUUUAGUGAGUUAAAUUACAUUAUGCAUAUAAUCUAUGUUAUGAUUAACGUUUAAAGUGCAUUAUUAAUAUAAGUAGAAGCCAUGAGAAAAUAGAAUAGCGCCACUAACAAAACGAAGCAGGAGGACGGUUUGAGCAGAACUGUAAGCGCGCUCUCCUCAUUUAAGGCAAUGUAAACACAUACUGUGAAAUGAAACAUCAGUGACACUUCUAUUAUUGUGUAUGGUGACUGAAUAUCAGUUCUUUGUGAAAUGCUAUAAGAGAGCAUGGUGGCUUUGAAGUUACGUGAACCGUUGUGGUGUCCGCUGUCAUUUUUGCCUCAGCAGCAUCUCGAGUGUGUAUUAUGGCGAGUGUCUCCACUUAUCUGAAGUCCCACAUACAUUUGAAAACAGUGUGAAGU